AGAGGCAGAGCACCGCAGUGGAUGCUCCGGCUUUCGGAGGCGACGAAGAGAACGAAUCCAGAUGGGAAGGCCCGGGAGGAAACCGAGAGGCCGAGCCGGGCCUGGACUCUUCUCAUUUCCAAAAGAGGAGCUCAGACGACGAGGCUCGUCUCUUGAAAAUCUCAAAGCCAUGUCUAAGGGACCAAUGUCAUUCAAGGACGUGACUGUGGACUUCACCCAGGAGGAGUGGCAGCGCCUGGACCCUGCCCAGAAGGCCCUCUACAGGGAUGUGAUGCUGGAGAACUACUGUCAUUUCAUCUCUGUGGGAUUUCACAUAACAAAACCUGAUAUGAUCCGAAAGUUGGAACAAGGUGAGGAGCUGUGGACAGAGAGACUUUUUCCAAGUCAGAGCUAUCUCGAAGAGGAAGAGGUUUUGGUGAAGUUCGGCGACUACGAGGACAAGCCUUCUAAAUCAAUCGUAAUCAUCAACCACAAGAAGCUAAUUAAGGAGAGAAGCAACAUUUAUGGGAAAACACUAGGCAAGAACCGUAUUAUUUCCAAAACAUUAUUUGAGUAUAAAUCUGAUGGGAAAGUUUUGAAAAAUAUCUCAGAAUUCAUCAGUAGAGAUAUAAACCCUGUGAUGGGGAAGUUGGGUGGUGGUGAUGAAUGGGAGGAAUCAGUCGUGACUUCAAAGCAGGAGAAAACUCAUCCUGCCUUCACUGUCCACACACAAAUCGGAAGGGAUCUGAGCUCUGAACAGGAGCUCGCUCUGCACCAGAAGACCAAGAUUCCAAAGCAGCAGUUUGAAUGUAAUGAAUGUGACAGCCCCUUCCUCAUGACAGGAGUGGCAUUUCCACAUGACAGAGCUCACAGAGGAGGCGGGAACUUCGACUACAGGAAAGAUGAAAUCACCUUUUUUGAAAAGUCAGACCUUGGUAUUCAUCCACACAAUGUCAUGGAAAAGAAAUGUUCUGCCUACAACAAAUACGGGAAACUCCUUUGCAGAAAGUCAGUGUUUGUUCUGCACCCCAGAUCUCCGAUGGCCGAGAGGCCCUUCCAGUGUCCUUACUGUGGGAACAGCUUUAGAAGGAAGUCCUACCUUAUUGAGCACCAGCGGAUCCACACGGGGGAGAAGCCCUACAUCUGCAGUCAGUGCGGGAAAGCCUUCCGUCAGAAGACGGCUCUGACACUCCAUGAAAAAACACACACAGAGGGGAAACCCUAUCUCUGUGUGGACUGUGGGAAGUCCUUCCGCCAAAAGGCCACCCUCACCAGGCACCACAAAACGCACACGGGGGAGAAAGCCUACGAAUGCACUCAGUGCGGAAGUGCCUUUGGAAAAAAGUCCUACCUCAUCGACCAUCAGAGAACUCACACAGGGGAGAAGCCCUAUCAGUGCACAGAGUGUGGGAAGGCCUUUAUCCAGAAGACGACGCUCACGGUGCACCAGAGGACUCAUACAGGGGAGAAGCCCUACAUCUGCAGUGAGUGUGGGAAGUCCUUCUGCCAGAAGACAACUCUGACCCUCCAUCAGCGGAUCCACACUGGGGAGAAGCCCUACAUCUGCAGUGACUGCGGGAAGUCCUUCCGCCAGAAGGCAAUCCUCACUGUGCACUACAGAAUACAUACAGGAGAAAAAUCCAAUGGCUGUCCCCAGUGUGGGAAAGCCUUCAGUAGGAAAUCAAACCUCAUUCGCCACCAGAAAACUCACACAGGAGAAAAACCCUAUGAAUGUCGAGAGUGUGGAAAAUUCUUUACCCAUGGUUCAUAUCUCAUUGGCCAUCAGAGAACUCACACAGGAGAAAAGCCCUUUGUAUGUAAUGAGUGUGGUAAGUCAUUCCGCCUAAAGACAGCUCUCACAGAUCACCAGAGAACACACACAGGGGAGAAGUCAUACGAAUGUCCACAGUGUAAGAAUGCCUUCCGACUGAAAUCACACCUUAUUCGUCAUCAGAGAACCCACACAGGAGAAAAACCGUAUGGCUGUAAUGACUGUGGCAAAUCUUUCCGCCAAAAGACAACUCUUUCCCUCCAUCAGAGAAUUCAUUCAGGGGAGAAGCCCUAUAUUUGUAAAGAAUGUGGGAAAUCUUUUCACCAAAAAGCGAACCUCACUGUCCAUCAGAGGACUCAUACAGGGGAGAAGCCCUAUAUUUGUAAUGAGUGUAAGAGAUCAUUCUCCCAGAAAACAACACUUGCUCUUCACAAGAGAACACAUAAUGAGGAGAAGCCCUAUGUGUGUAGUGAAUGUGGGAAGUCCUUCCGCCAGAAGACUACUCUCGUGGCACAUCAGAGGACACAUACAGGGGAGAAAUCUUAUACAUGUCCUCAUUGUGGGAAGGCCUUUAGGAUGAAAUCCUACCUCAUUGAUCACCACAGAACCCACACAGGAGAAAAACCAUAUGAAUGUAAAGAGUGUGGGAAAUCAUUCAGCCAGAAAACAAACCUCAAUCUACACCAGAGGAUUCAUACUGGGGAGAAACCCUAUAUGUGUAACGAGUGUGGGAAGUCCUUUCGCCAAAAGGCAACCCUUAUUGUCCAUCAGAAAAUCCAUACAGGGCAGAAGUCCUACGAGUGUCCUCAGUGUGGGAGAGCUUUCGGCAGGAAGUCCUACCUCAUCCAUCAUCAGAGAACUCAUACUGGAGAAAAGCCCUAUAAAUGCAAUGAAUGUGCAAAGUGCUUUCGCCAGAAGACAAAUCUCAUUGUUCAUCAAAGAACUCACACGGGAGAGAAGCCCUAUGCAUGUACUGACUGUGGCAAGUCCUUUAGUUAUAAGAGGAACCUCAUUGUCCAUCAAAGGAUUCAUAGAGAAAAUAUGGAAACACAGUAAGAGGGAAGUGAUGUUUUUGUGAAGUCUUUGCAAUUAUUGUUUUUUUUUUUGUUUUUUUUUGUUGUUGUUUUG